GAUUCAGUUGGUUGUCUAAAACGUUGCUUAACUGUGAGUCCGUUAUCGUUGAUAACUGACUCGCCGAACAAAGUUUUACAACGCAUGGAAGUAUCUGGCUUUUUCUAAGCUGAAAUUGAAUUAUCAUCGAAGAAGAUGAAGCCACUCAGCCAGUAGAGUUAUCCUGCGGUAGCGAUAAAUCGCAGUAAAUCACAAGACAACAAAAUUCCAAUCACAUGCUUCGGCUUAGUACCUUAAUUACUGCUCGUAUUAAGUCAGCGAUACGACCGAUCGGCUUAAGGUACUUGUACGGUGUUAACCAUGAUCCUGGUGUAUUCUACGUGAAGCUACAUCCAAAUGAUCGUGCGGUACUUCUUUACAAACAAAAUGAUCGGGUAUUGGACAUGUAUGCCGUAGAAGUACCAAAAAAACACGAGGGAAAAGGAUUGGGAAGACUAUUGGCAGAGACAGCGUUCAUUUACGUAAUUGUUCGCAAUUAUCGCAUGCACCUAACUUGUACGUACCUGCAACGCUAUUACGAAACAAUCAAGACGCAACAACUCAGUGCAUAUGUGGUUGGACCUCCGCACCUUUUAACUGGUCCUCAUCCAGUGGCAAUGUUUCCUACUGUAGAGGCCGAUAGGCUUGAAGGCAUGCCGGAUCCUGCGGACACAAAGAACAGAUUCAAUAAGGACUAG